AUGGUGCCCCCACCGCCGCUGAAGCUGCAGGAGCUGAUCCAGGCGAUCCGAGGGGCGAAGACGCAGGCCCGGGAGCGGGAGGUGAUCCAGAAGGAGUGUGCCCACAUCCGGGCGGCAUUCCGGGAUGGGGACACCCCGCAGCGGAACUACCAGCUGGCCAAGCUGCUCUACGUCCACAUGCUGGGCUACCCAGCCCGCUUCGGACAGAUGGAGUGUCUGAAGCUGAUCGCCUCUCCCCGCUUCACGGACAAGAGGGUGGGCUACCUGGGGGCCAUGCUGCUGCUGGACGAGAGGCAGGACGCCCACCUCCUCAUCACCAACUGCAUCAAGAAUGACCUGUGCCAGGGGUCGCAGAUGGUGCAGGGGUUGGCGCUGUGCACGCUGAGCGCCGUGGGCUCGGCCGAGAUGUGCCGCGAUCUGCCCGUGGAGGUGGAGUGGCUACUGCUGCGACCCGCCCCGUAUGUUCACAAGAAGGCAGUCCCUGCUGUGCACGUGGUCCAGAAGGUGCCCGAGCUCUCCGAUGUCUUCCUCCCGCCUUGUGCCCAGCUGCUAAAUGAGCGCCACCAUGGCAUCCUCCUGGGCACGAUGACCCUGAUCGCCGAGCUGUGUGAGCGCAGCCCCCCGGCCCUGAAGCACUUCCGCAAGGUGGAGGGGGCGUGGGCCCCCGGCGCGGGUGGGGUGGGGACCCUCGGGGUCAAGGGAGAGGUGAAGCUUCUGCGGCUGCUCCGGAUCCUGGGCCGGAACCACGAGGACAGCAGCGAGCUCGUGAGCGGCCUGCUGGCCCAGGUGGCCACCAACACGGACGCGAGCCGCAACGCGGGCAACGCGGUCCUGUACGAGACCGUGCUGACCAUCGUGGAGAUCCGCUCCGCCUCCGGCCUGCGGGUUCUCGCCGUCAACAUCCUGGGCCGCUUCCUGCUCAACAAAGACAAGAACAUCAGGUACGUGGCGCCGACCUCGCUGCUGCGGCUGGUGCCGUGCGCCGUGCAACGGCACCGACCCACGGUGGUGGAGUGUCUGCGGGAACCGGACGCCUCCCUGAGCCGCCGGGCGCUGGAGCUGAGCCUGGCCCUGGUGAACGGCUCCAACGUGCGGGCCGCCACCCGGGAGCUGCAGGCCUUCCUGGAGCCCUGCCCCGCUGACCUGCGGGCCGACUGCGCCUCCGGCAUCCUGCUGGCCGCCGAGAGAUCCCGUCGGCCUCUCCCGUCCGGGUUCGCCCCGUCCAAGCGCUGGCACAUGGACACCGUCAUGCGGGUGCUGACCACGGCGGGUGCCUACGUGCGAGAUGACGCGGUGGCCAACCUGACCCAGCUGAUCGGGGGAGCCGAGGAGCUGCACGCCUACUCUGUGCGCUGCCUCUACGGCGCCCUGGCCGCGGACAUCUCCCAGGUACCCCUCGAGGCCCCCGCACAACGACCCCCCCCCACCACCUCCAGACACGUCCCCACAUCCGGCCAUCCCACCAGAAGCAGCGCGGCUUAG